ACUCGUCUCCAGCGUUUGGCAAUGUCGCUCCACCAGCGGCCGCACCAGAAGCCGCCGGCCGCGGGCGACUCUCUCCCAGUUUCCUCCCCAACCGCCUCCACCGCCGCAUCACGCCCGCACCCCCUCCUCACACUCCCCUACCUCUUCUCCCUCCUUGCGGUUCUCCUGUUCGUUGCACUCCUCGUGCCCUGGGGCCCAGCAGCGCGCCCGCCCUCGUCCUCGUCCUCGUGGCGUUCCUACACCCUCCAGGAUGCCGCCGCCUCGGCUGCCGCAGCGGGAAACGGCACCGUGCUCCUCGCUGCUGUCUCCGGACCGUACCUCCCCUUCCUCUCCAAUUGGCUCAUCAGCGUCCGUCGCGCCGGCCGCGCGGAUCAGGUGCUCGUCAUCGCCGAGGACUACGAGACCCUCGACCGCAUCAAUGCCGCCUGGCCAGGACACGCCGUCCUCGUGCCCCCCGCGCCCGAUGCCCAGACCGCCCACAAAUUCGGAUCUCAGGGGUUCUUCAACUUCACCUCGCGCCGUCCACGGCACCUGCUGCAGAUCCUUGAGCUCGGGUACAGCGUCAUGUACAACGACGUCGACAUGGUGUGGCUUGCCGACCCGUUCGCUUACAUCGUCGAGAAUCACGACGUGUACUUUAUGGACGAUAUGGCUCCUGUGAAACCACUUGAUCAUUCACAUGAAUUGCCACCACCCGGGAAGAAAGGGCGUACAUAUAUUUGCAGCUGCAUGCUAUUCCUCAGGCCCACUGAAGGUGCCAAGCUCCUGUUAAGGAAGUGGAUCGAGGAGCUUAAGGAGCAGCCCUGGUCGAAGCAAAGGAAGUCAAAUGAUCAGCCAGCAUUCAACUGGGCUUUGAACAAGACUGCCGGGCAGGUUGAUGUUUACCUCCUGCCUCAGUCUGCAUUUCCAACCGGAGGCCUAUAUUUCAAGAAUAAAAAAUGGGUCAAGGAGACAAAGGGCAAGCAUGUCAUUAUACAUAAUAACUACAUCACUGGGUUUGAGAAGAAGAUAAAGCGGUUCCGGGAUCAUGGGUUGUGGUUGGUAGAUGAGCACAGCGAUGAGUCACCGCUUGGCAGAAUCUGAGCGACCAAGGCUGAAACACAUCUCUUCUUGCUGCAGCAUCACAAUUUUGUAAUUGGUAUUUGACUAUUGAAGGCAGUAUCCAUCUAAACCAAACGGUGUAUGCAGCAGUCAAAAAUCAAAUCCAUUCGCAGAAGAUAUUACUUGCCAACAUCUUUUUUUUGGCUGUAUGUCAAGCGCUUGUAGAGUAUCCUUUACCAUGUGGCCAUGAUGAUUGUUUUUUAUUGUAUUUGUUCUUUACUGAAAAUGGUGUAUUUGAGAGCAGUUGAGAUCUUAGGAUGUGGCGAAACAGAGCCUUAGUACAUUGGCUGAUGAUUCACUUAUUGUAUAGCAUAAAGUUUGAUAGCUUGCAUCACCAUUGCUGAAAGAAAA